UAAAGAUAUGGAUAUGGUUGUUUCAAGUGCGACUGGUUUGAAAUUUGCAGGCCAACAAGCUGUAAUGGAACGAUUAUGCACCAAAAAACAUUGSUCUGUUUCAGCAACUGGAUCCAGUGUUUUAAAAUCGCACAGCGUGAACACAUUGCAGUAUGGAAUGACAUUAAUACUAACUGCAAUAAAAAUGAAACAUGCUUCUAAUCGACUUGAUUUUAAAGAAGCUGAGAAAUCGUUAAGAGURAAAGGCGUUAAGUCUUCACCGAGUACAAAGACUGGUACAUCAAAACACCCAAAGCCUCAAGGAUUUAGCCAAUUAGACGUAAAUAUACAUUUGAAGCCAAGRCGAAGUUUAGAAUCUUCAAUUCAGAAAGAAGCACCGUUUAUGAAGUUACAGAAUAAYAGGYUAACAAGAGAUSUGAAACCACAGGCAAUUAACUUUUCAAUUGCAGAUGGAAAUGRCACUUCGGCUAUAAUGAAAAAAGAAGAAAAAUCGACCCCCCAAACACAGGAUAUGGAGCCAAGCACUCCAUAUUUGCAAACAGAAAAAAUCCAGAUGAACACUGCUUUUCCCGUGAAAACCUCUUUUACAAAUCGAUCUACAAAUACCACAUCGUCUACCGACAGAUGGGCCGCAUUCAUUAUUGGUGUUGAUUAUGUACUCGGGUUUUAUUCCGUGGUAGCGUUCAUAGGAUGCUUGGGAAAUAUCUAUGUAUUAUUCGACGCUUUUAAAGCUUUGCGGAGACUCCACACAAACGAAAUCUUCCUAAUUCAGCUUUGUAUUAUCAAUAUUUUAAUUUUAUUGACAUUGACUACUAUGGUUAUUUUCAUGAAGAUUGGAUUUCACUUUACUUGUCACGUGAUCUUCAGCUUGACGUCAGUGUACUUAUAUGGAAAGGUAUACACUUUGACUACGAUAUCGAUCCAGCAGUACCAUGCCAUCGUGUUCCCAUUCAAACCGAAGCCAUCUUUAAGAGCACUGAUGUCCAUUACAAUUAUGAUUUGCGUCGUUUCCAUUUCGCUUUCACUUCCGGUUAUCAUAUACCAMGAAUUACUUCCAAGACCUUGUACCUCCUUCAAAAUGGAAAUUCUAYACUUGCGAAGAUUAUACUACACUUUAACUGCAUUAUUCCAGUACAUACUUCCCUUGCUUAUAAUUGCCAUUCACUACGCAAAACUUGCACUGUUCUUGAAGAGAUCGAGAAUCGAAAUCGAAAGACACGUCGAUGACCAAAGACAAUUCCAAAGUCCUCGAAAACGGAGGGACAGACGGGUUGUCAUGGUGAUGGUUACCAUAGUGAUAACAUUUGCUAUAUGCUUACUUCCUCAGCAUAUUCAAUUCUUCAUAAUCGAGUUUAUUACCAACGGUACUUUGUACAACGGCAUGGCGGUGUACAGCUACUUCCCAAUCCUCCUGAAGGCGUGUAUUGACACGGUCGUAUAUGGCGCGAUAGGAAGGAAACUGARAACGAGAUGUUGCUGUUCUAAAUCUAAUACAGGAAGCAUUGGUCCGAGGAACACUUAAAGACACAGUUACACGGAC